GUUCGCGUUUAACAGUUGUUUGUUUGCUUACCGAAAUUUGUACUCUUUGGCGAGUGAACUAAAAACUAUUUUCAAACUUUGUUUUAUUGUUAGUACAUUUUUGUGGCUUUUGUGAGUGUUUUAGUGAGUUAAAGUUUAAAAGAAUUAAGAAAAAAACACAAAUAACAUUUCAACAUCACAACGCAUAAAGGGAUUGCCGUUAAAAUUCUCGUUCUACAAAUCGCGUGUCUAUCGAAAUAGGUGAAGCUGUUGUCUGUUGAAAAUAGCUUGUUAUAAGCGCAGACUGACCCUUCAGUGGGUUAAAGUGCAUUAUCCUUGCUGGCGUCAGGUGUUAAUGCCCUGCUGUGGACUCAAUGAAAAUAAGAAGAAACAUAGGUUCGUGAUACUUAAUUUGUAUAUGAGCACAAUUUAUCUGGAAUAAAAAUAUACUAUAAUUCUAAAUUCAAUAAAAAAAGUAUAAUAUAGAAAGACCAAGUAAAGAAAUAAAGAGUAAAAUUAUAAAUAAAUAAAUAAUUGAAACUAACAUUAUAAAUCAGUGGAUUGUGAAUAAAAAUGGGUGAUGCAGAGGCGAUGCGACCGCCACCUGUCAGUGGACCUCGCCCACCAUUUCCUGGCGGUGGCAUGCCCCCCCGGCCGAUGGCUGGGCCACCUCGCGCUCCCAUGAACAUGGGCGGUGCACCUGGUGGUGGUCCUCCACCAAGAUCAAUGCCACCUCCAUUGCGUAACACAGAUAGCAGGGGAAAUCUGCUGAUGGGUAUUGGUGGCCCUGGCAGCGGGCAACGUCCACCACCGCCACCGCUGCAAAACCUGCAAAUGCGUCCACCUAGCGCGAAUGGCGGUCCAAUGAGUCCACCUGGGCAAGGUCAACAACGCCCGCCCGCUGCAUAUCCUUGGUCCGGUGCACCACCUGGUCAACAAAUGCCAGCGAAUCGUCCACAAAAUCCCUAUCCUGGCAAUCCACCGACGCGUCCGCCAUUUGCACGUCCGCCUGGCGUUCCGCAAGUGGGUGCACAACAACAACCACUACAACGACCGCCCUAUCAGCAACUGCAACAGCAACCGCAACAGCAGCAGCAACAGCUACCACAACAGCAACUACAGCAACAACCAUACCAACAAUCUCCCGUACAGUUACCACCACGCCCACCAUCGGCCAGUUCGAACAACAAUGAAGAUGAUGAUGAUGUGGUGGUGGGUCAAGCGAUAACACCGCGUAAGACGUUGAGUGCAAAUGAGGAUCCGAUGGGACCAGCGGUGGCGGAAGUUAAAACCAACUCAAUCAAAGAUGCAUUUGGCAUGGGCGAGACGCUGACACCAAUAGCCGAGGUGAAAGCGAACGGCAUGAAAACAUUGUCGAGCAUACAGGAAAUGUUAAGCAGCGGCGUGGAGAAUGGACGGAAGCAGAAAAGUGGUGAUCACAAAGGUGACAAUGACAGUGGCGUUGAUGAAUCUACUCAGGAGAAGGUGAGUUAAUUUUUGUUAAGUCUACGUACAUAUAUAUGUAUGUAUUUGUACAAACAUAUAAGCGCCGGUUGUAAUUUAUUUUGCUUAUUUGUGUCAGUUGGUAAAUACGAAAUCGUUUUCAGUAAUUUGGAGCAAAUGUAUUUGGUUAAUUAGUUAAAAAAUUAUAAAUUAG